CCUACAUAUCCACGCAAUGUCGAGCCCUGCUAACGCCCAUAGACCUCGUAAGAAGAGGAAGCAACCCCCUCUAACUCGGAGCGCAACAAUUAUAGACAUUGUCAAGUUCACCUCAGAAGACAAUGUCGUCGCCCCUGAGUUUCCUCUCGUGGCAUUCCUAUGGCCAGCUCGAGGCACGACAUCUCAAUGGGUCCUCCUACCUUUGAUCCUCAUGAUCGUUGGACUCUUCAGAUGGAGUGUCGGUCUAUGGGGUCAUUCAGGCUACCAACAGCCUCCCAUGCACGGAGACUUCGAAGCUCAACGGCACUGGAUGGAAAUCACCACACAUCUACCAGUUUCAAAAUGGUAUUUCUACGACCUGCCAUACUGGGGACUUGACUAUCCACCUUUGACAGCAUAUCAUAGUUGGCUAUGUGGCAAGAUUGGCUCGUUGUUCAGUCAAGACUGGUUCGCUCUCGAUGCGUCUCGUGGACUGGAAUCUGAGGAUCUCAAGGUCUUCAUGCGCGCGACAGUCAUCGUUUCCGAAUAUCUCGUCUAUGUCCCGGCAUUGGUCAUAUUUCUUCGUCGCUUCAGCCGAGCUCAAAGAGUGGGAACCACCGCAUCGUCAAUCGCCCUCGUCGCCAUCCUAAUGCAGCCAGCCACAAUCCUGAUCGACCAUGGCCACUUCCAGUAUAACACAGUCAUGCUCGGCUUCGUAGUGGCAUCUCUGUCCAGUAUCUACGCAAGCAGACCUCUGUGGGCGUGCAUCUUCUUCGUCGCGGCUUUAGGAUUCAAGCAGAUGGCUCUAUACUAUUCACCAGUAAUUUUUGCUUACCUGCUCGGAUCAUGCUUCACACCUUCAAUCCGACUAGGUCGACUGAUCUUGAUCGGACUGAUCACGAUCCUCGCUUUCGCAGUCCUCUUUGCACCUUUAUUGCUGGGUUCGUUGUAUGACAGUUCCUACACGACCGUCCCGUCCGGAUCAUUUCCCCCACCGCCACUGUUGGUCGGCCUCAAAGUCCCAACCGACCCCGAUAACCCCUUGGGCAUGAUCCUUCUUCAGCUCACCCAAGUCGUCCACCGCAUGUUCCCGUUCGCCCGUGGUCUCUUUGAAGACAAGGUUGCCAAUUUCUGGUGCUUCGCCAACACCUUCUACAAACUCCGCAAGCUCGAAGGAGUCGUCGAACUCUCUCGCCUUUCGGCCAUGGCGACACUCGCGUCCAUCCUCGGGCCCAUGCUCGUCAUCGGCGCUGUCCCUAAAAAGUCACUCCUCCCAUACGCCCUCGCAGCUUCGGCGUGGGGGUUCUUUCUGUUCUCAUUCCAGGUCCACGAAAAGUCGGUCCUGCUUCCUUUACUCCCCAUGACGCUCUUACUCGCCGGGAAGCAAGGUCUGAGCAAGGAAUACCGAGCAUGGAUCGGUUGGGCGAACAUACUGGGGAUGUGGACCAUGUACCCUUUGCUCAAGAGGGACGGUCUGCGAACGCCGUACGUCGUCAUGACCCUUUUGUGGUCCUACUUGCUCGGACUCCCACCAACCAGCGUGAACGCGUAUUACGACCCGGAUCGACCGAACGUGCCCGGUCGCCCUCUCGCGGCGGACGAACUGCGCACGCCGACCAAGAUUCUGCAUUUUCAAACCUACAUUGUCAUGGCCUUCUGGCACCUCCUCGCCGCUUUCGCUUCGCCACCGGAAGACAAGCCCGAUUUGUGGGUGGUGGUCAACUCUUGCGUUGGCGCUGUUGCGUUCGGGAUAUGUUACCUCUGGUGUUUUUGGAAAUUGAUUAGUGAGAGUGGUUUGCUCGACGGUCAUUUACCCGAGAAACAAGAAGCGGCAGCAGAGACACAGGCUUCGUCAUUGUCGUCGCCGUCUCCGUCCCGAGAGCAGCGAUCUGCCACACCACAAAAGAAGAACAAGUGA